AUGAACUUUAAUAUCAGAAAUAGAGUUAGACCUUAGACUGCUUACUCAAUUUCAUAAAAAGAUGUAUUCUAAUGUCUAAUAAUUCAAAGUUAACGUCUGGUAAAUUUUCAUAGAAUGACCAAUAAGUUAUAAAUAAAUUGUUAGAAAAAAAUACUAAUUAUUUUGAACAUGUCAAAGGUAAGGUCUAUAUAUAAUUGAUAGAUUAAUGUAUUUGUGGAUUGUGUAUUUGUGGAGGAUGCAAAUGUGGAUUAGAAAGAUUGAAAGAAUAAUAAGGAAUGCCUAUGAAAUCAUAGUAUCAACAAGACUACGUUGAAAAAUAGUCAUCAAGAAUGAAAUCAAUUUCAUAAUUACCAUCUUAUAAAGAUGAUUAUACUAUGAAAUUUGAAACAACUCAAAGAGUAAUUAAAAACAGUUAUUUUAGCUUGAUUUCAAAGAUCCAAAAUAAAGACCACAAACUUCAUAUAAGCCUGAAUAACCUAGAUUUAUUUAGCCAUUUCAUGCAGGAUCUACUUAUUAGUUAACUCAUAUUUAAAUGCCUGAGAGUAUAAGAUACUAUAUAUUAUAGAUGAAAGAGUAAAUAUCAUUCCUUAAAAUCAUCCAACAGUUAUGAAAGAUCUUAAAUUCUUAGGAUCAAGUGAAUAUAAAAGGAAUUUCAGUGGAACACCCAUAACUAGAGACAAAAAUCUGAUAUUUGGAGCACAUAGCAGUUUUGGGUAAUUAAAAUUGUAAGAAAGUUUAGAAAUCCAAUAAAUCCAGGAUUGCCAUUUUUUGGACAAUCUACGUCAUCUAGAGCAUUUAAACCAUUUAAAGCAAAAAAAACAAGACCUACAAAAACUAAUACAUAAGUUUAAAGUGUACCAACAUUUGAUGGUUAAUUUUCAACAAUAACAAAAUUGGAUUUCGGUGAUAAAUCACUAUAGAUUUGUCCAGCAAAAGCGAUUCUUAAUUCUAAAAAACAUUCUAAUCGUUCUGGGUUUUGA